AUGAAUAUAAUCAGACCUGAACUUUCUUUCUGGAGUGAUGCUGUAGGUGAGUACAAAGGUCGUAUUGGUGACUAUGCAACCAGUCGAGAAAUUGAGAACAGAAACAUCAAAUCUCGUUGUGUGUCAAUUACGGCUGCCUACACUGCUUUUAGUGGCUGUGUUGCUCAAGUUAUGAGAAGAAAUGCCAGCGGUGCCAGCACAGGGAACAUGAGUAUUAUUUUUGGAUUAUCAGUGAUGUUUUUAGUGCCCGUCAGGACGCCCAACUGGUCUAACCGAGACCCAAGGAUCAUUUAUUUGUUCCCAAAUACCAUUUCAUCUGCUUGCUGUUGUACAGAUAUGGGUAACUUUGAAGACUUGAAAACAAGAGUUACUGAUGCCUGUAGCAAUGUACCUGCAAGACACACUGGUGCUUUUAUUCAACAUUCAGUGAACCAGUUCCCCAAAUGCAGAGAUCAAUUACCUCUUUAA